AUGCAUAUAUUGGAUACACUCUCCAUUGCUAAUUAUCAUAGUCCAGAUCCAUAAAUCAAAGACCAUCUAUUAAAAACAGCCAAAGAACUCUAUAAAUCAGAUUCAGAAUUACCAAAAUUAUUAUAAAGAUAUGAAUUAACUAUAAAUAUUAUAGAAAGUCAAUAGUUCAAUGCUAAAGUAUUAAAAUACAUUAUAAUUAGUAAUACUUAUCAUUAUAUGCUACAAUAAUGAGAACAAAAAUCAAAGAAUUUUACACUAACUAAAGAUAUUAGUUAUUUUGUAAUGUUUAUGUUCCAACCAAAUUCAGUAGAACAAUUAAUGUAUUUUGUUAUAAUCCUUCACUUACUGGUUAUGUUGCACUUAUUAAAAGUGUAUAAAUGACAAGUCUGAUAGCAAUGGAGGAAAUGUUAUAUCAAAUAGAUAAUAAAGAAUAAGAAUAGUUUUAUACAUUUGAUGAAUUAUUUGAUGAUGUAUAAAUUUCUUUUAAUCUUUAGAAAACUAUUCCAAUAAUUAAUAUGACUCCAGAAAAAGAAUAAUAGAAACCUUUUGUCAGAAGACAUAAAAAGUCUUUAUCAGAACAUUAAAUAUUUGAUUUUUAAAGAGACUAAAACUAAUCAUAGAUGUUUUCAUAAUUGCAAUCAUUUCAAUAAAAUUAACCUUGUAAUUCAAACUCAAUUAUACAUAGUUUAUUUUACUUAAGUCAAACCAUAAUCAUUUCUAUAAGAUGAUUACUAAUUCCCUUCUUUAGAUUAAAUAAACUCUGAAAAAAAAUAAAAUCUAUUUUAGGAUGAAUAAAAGAAAGGAUAAAUACUUAUAAACCAAUUAGAUUAGCAAUUAAAUUAGAAUUUUUAUUUAUAGAAAUUAGAAGAAACUCUCCCUGACACUGAUGAUUUUGAUUUAUUUCCACCUUUAGAAAUGAAUUCAUUAAUUAAUUAACCCUCUGUAAAUAAAUUACAACAUAGUGAUUAAAAAAAGCAGAUGACAAAUCCAAUCUAUACAGGGAGAUUAAAGUUUUUUGAUGAAUAAAAAAAUUAUGGAUUUAUUGUUAUGGAUGAAGAUAAAUCAGAUAUUUUUGUUCAUUUAGAUGAUUUAUAAAAGGCUGGUGUUACAAAGGAAGUUUUAAAAACAGCUAAAUUAGGGUCUUAGAUUAGGUAUUUUAUUAAUUCAUAAAUAUAUAUAGAUUUUAAUUUAAUUGUAUGGUCUAUGUUGGAAAAUACAAAAAGUCUAGAAAAGCUGUUGAAUUAAAAUUACUAAACAACUAAUAACCAAAUAACUUUAGAGAAUAUUAAUGA